AUGUCUCGUUACGACGAAUUUCGCCGCUCUACUGGAGUGCUGGAGACAGAGCCUGACCGCUGGGAUCCCGACCGUUUUGCUCGUGAGCGACGGGGACGCCAUCAUUCUCGCCCGCCAGUUCUUGACCGACCCCGGCGGGUAGAGGAAGACCGUUUCGAGCAUCGCCUACAGGAACAUGACCGAUAUGGUCCUCCUGCACGCCGGCCGGGUAGGCAGUACGAGGAUGAUCAUCUCAUCCACCCGUCGGGACCGCUGGUGGCCUAUGACCGUCGCGCCGACAGCCCUCCUCCCCGUCCUCGUCUACUUCGACGGCAGUCUUCCUUAGAUACCUUCGACCGGAUCCCCUCGCGCAAACUCGAUGAAUAUUAUUAUCGCCCCGCCGCACCCAAGGCGGCACCCAGCCCACCUCCUGCGCGAAGGCGGUCCUUUCGUCGUUCCCGCGAACCAGACUACUACGAGGAGAUCCGCAUCGCGGAACCUGACUAUUACGGUGACGAGGAAUAUCGCGGUUUCCGGGAGCGGGGCCGCGCUUCAGCGCAUCCGCGUCGCUCAGGCAGUCGUUUUCGCGAGCGGGUAGUUGAAGAGAAGGUGGAAAUCGAAAAACCGUACCCUCGUAAAGGCAAGACCAGGGUGCCCCGAAAGUUAAUUCAUACCCAUGCAAUUCAUGAGCUUGGAUACCCUUAUGAGGAAGAAGGUGACAUGGUCAUUAUUCAGCUUGCACUUUCCAAGGACCAAAUCGACGAAGUGAUCAGUCGAAGUCGCACGAUCAAGCGCCGGACCGAAACUCGGAUCAUACACACUUCGCCGUCCCCUGUACGGGAAAAGACAAAAGACAGAACAGUGGAGCGAGUCGCCAUGGAGGCCUAUUCACCCAGGACAAGUUACAACACCCUGAUUGUUGAGCCAUCGCCCUCACGGCACCGGUCACGAACGCGCCAAUACGACCUCUCGGAGCGGAAAGUGACGAGAGCUGUCUCCCGUACGCGGUCGAUUUCGGUCCACGGUCGCCGCCGUGGUCUAUCCUCACCGGUGCGCAUGGUCGAGCCCUACGGUGAGUCCAGCAGCGCUCACGCGGGCCAACUCAUUGUGGUCCGCCCUCGAGACAGUGAUGAGGAAAUCCGCCAAUAUUCGCCCCUGGGACGAAGAAGCGGUGAGGUCGCUCGGAGAACGGAGCUCCUAACCGAUGGCGAUUACGAAGAGGUUAUUGAGACGAAAAGAGAUCGCAAAGGUACUAUGGACAAGUUUCAGGCGUUCGGAAAGAACCUGAGUGCGAGCUUUUCGCCCUUUGCUGCGCGCACGCAGCAGAUGAUCAAGGAACAGCUAGGUCAAGCAGAUGACAAGACUCAACUUCCAGAUGAAUACCUUGAGCUUGAGAAGCGCGUGGACGCUCUCAAGUUGGUCCAUCAGAAGCUCCUUCAGGUGACUUCCCAGUACUCUAACGAGGCCUACGACUACCCACCCAACAUCCGCGAGUCAUUCAACGACAUGAGCCGGACUAUCAGUGAAAAGGUCCAGCUCUUGUCCCAAGCCUCCUCCCCCGCGGAGGCACAGGCCGCCCUGACUGCCCCUCCUUCAGCCAAGCCCCAGCCGAAGACGUUCAACCAUGCUAUUGCUCGCGCCUCUCUGUCCGGAUCCCAGACUCUGGCGCAGAACUCUAACAAUGAGGAUCCUCUGGCUACUGCUUUGGAGAAGUAUGCGCUGGCCUCGGAGAAAGUAGGCGAGGCCCGUUUGUCGCAGGAUGCGCAGAUCCAGUCGCGCUUUCUCGCUGGUUGGAACACGACCCUCAACACAAACUUAAUGUUUGCGGCCAAGGCGCGCAGAAACGUCGAGAACGCCCGUCUUAUGCUGGACUCAGUCAAGGCCAGCAAGAAGGCGGCCGCUAGGGGUGAUCUGGAUAACCUGAGCGAGGAAGCCCGUGCCGAGAUCGAGCAGGCCGAGGAUGAAUUCGUCGGACAGACCGAGGAGGCUGUAAGCGUUAUGAAGAAUGUCCUGGACACUCCUGAGCCCCUCAGAAACUUGGCGGACUUGAUUGCCGCCCAGCUUGAGUUCCACAAGCGGGCAUAUGAAAUCCUCAGCGAGCUGGCUCCUGUGGUUGACGGUUUGCAGGUCGAACAAGAGGCUAGCUACCGCAAGAGCCGUGAGGGGGCUUAG